AUGUCGGCCCACCAAGAUCCAGACAAACAAAUCCACGACCCUCUCACCUGCACCUCUACCUCCCCUCCCGACGCCUUCCCGUCCACAGCCACCACCUCAACAACCACCCCUCCUCACCAAUACCGCUCCGCCCAUGCCGCCGCCGACGCCGCCCGCGCCAUGGACCACACGAACAGCUGGACGCCCUCCUUCGCACGCCGCCAGAGCUGGAACAAAGAGGACAUGAAGCACCACGUACAAAUGGGCGGUAUCCAGGAGUCGGUCAGGACCGGGCCGGGGUUCACUGAAGAGGAUAAAGUGAUGGGUGGUCGAGGCGGAGGGCACGUUUGGUGCGAGCAGGCGAGGAACACAAAGGAGUCUGCGAACAGAAAAGCCUCUGGUCGGGAGAUUGACGACCGACCCUACAAGGACUGGUACAAGUCUUGCGUAUGGAUCAUUUGA